CCCCCUUCACCCUCCAGAGCCACACACUGAUGGAGACACCUCUUGAGAAGGCCCUGACCACUAUGGUCACCACUUUCCACAAAUAUUCGGGGAGAGAAGGCAGCAAACUGACCCUGAGCAGGAAGGAACUCAAGGAGCUGAUCAAGAAGGAGCUGUGUCUUGGAGAGAAGAUGAAGGAGAGCAGCAUUGAUGACCUGAUGAAGAGCUUGGACAAGAACCGUGACCAGGAGAUCGACUUCAAGGAGUACUCAGUGUUCCUGACCACUCUGUGCAUGGCCUACAAUGACUUCUUCCUGGAGGACAGCAAGUGACCAGAGCUCAGCCCCUUGCCCGUGGCCUCUGUAGCUCCUCUCACAGACCCUCUGUGGACCCUUGCCCUCCUCUCCCUUCCGGACAGACCCUGCUUCGGCCUUCCCUUCUGGCAGGGGAAAUAAAAAUGUUUGAUUCCA